AUGAAAUUGUCAGACUACUCCAUUGUGGAACAGUUAAGGAAAACUCCAGCCCAAAUCUUUUUGUUGUCAUUGUUAAUACAUUCAGAUGAACAUCGUAAAGAUGUAAUGAAGAUUCUGAAUGAAGCACAUGUUCCUAAUGAAGUUACAGUGAGUCAGUUAGAGAAGAUUGCUGGGAGAAUCUUUGAGGUAAAUCGCAUCACCUUUUCAGAUGAUGAACUACCAGUGGAAGGUACGGGACAUAACCAAGGCCUCCAUAUCACUGUAAAGUGUGAGCUUUCAUAUGUCACUCGAGUUCUCAUUGACGGAGGUUCUGGGGCAAAUAUUUGUCCAUUGUCAACUCUACAAAAAUUGAAUGUUAAUGUUGAAAGGGUACGACCUAACAACGUAUGUGUUAGGGCGUUUGAUGGGUCCAAAACAGAUGUCAUUGGGGAGAUAGAGCUCAUACUAAAAAUAGGGCCUGUCGAUUUCUCCGUGAAUUUUCAAGUGCUGAAUAUUAAUGCAUCCUACAAUCUGUUGUUGGGAAGACCAUUGGUGCAUAGGGCUGGGGCAGUCCCCUCUACGUUGCAUCAAAUGGUUAAGUUUGAAUACGAUCAACAAGAAGUGAUUGUUCAUGGUGAGGGGGAUCUGUCAGUCUACAAGGACUCUUCCCUCCCUUUUAUCAAGGCAAAUAAUGAGAAUGAGGCACUGGUUUAUCAAGCUUUUGAGGUAGUGGUUGUUGAGCAUAUCCUCGAGGGGAAUCUCAUUUCAAAACCACAACUACCCAUGGCAUCUGUGAUGAUGGUAAAUGAAAUGCUGAAGCAUGGGUUUGAACCAGGUAAAGGCUUGGGGAUCUUCUUGCAAGGGAUAGCUUAUCGAGUGACUCCACGAAAGAGUCUAGGUACUUUUGGCUUAGGAUACAAGCCUAGAGUCGAGGAAAAAAUGAAGGCCAAGAAGCAGAAGAGAGAUGUAUGGUCACUUACUAAGCCUAUACCACUCAUAUACAAAACUUUCCUCAAAGCCCGCACAAUAGCAUCUUCUGAGUCACCACUCCCAGAGCUAGUGUUGGAGGUUCACGAAGAAUUGAUCAACUAUUUUCAAGAUUUAUUCGUCGAGGCUGAUGUGAUUGAACUCGAAGAAGGCACUAGCGACAGAGAUGUGCAAUUCAUUGGUCCUGAUGUCCAGCUGAACAAUUGGGAGGCCACUCCUCUCCCCAUUAAGAAUGAGUCUUGUUCUUUCUAUGCCAAUUCUAGUGAUAUGACAUGCAUGCAGAAUUUUUCAUCGGAUCUGAAAAUCCAAUCUAAUCUUCGACCUAAUCCUGAAAUAAUAAGUCAAGAAAUCGAAUAUGAUGAAGAUGAAGUAUUUGAAGAAGAAGAUAUAAUUCAGGCUCUGUUUGAUUACAAGGAUGUUUUUGCGUCAUCUUAUGAUAACAUGCCUGGAUUAAGCACUGACAUAGUGGUUCACGAGUUGCCGAUUGAUCCUAAGUUCCCUCCAGUAAAGCAGAAGUUGAGAAAGCUUAAAACUGACAUGAGUGUAAGAAUUAAAGAGGAAAUCACAAAACAACUUGAGGCCAAAGUUAUUCGAGUCGCUCAAUAUCCUUCUUGGUUAGCUAACAUCGUACCUGUCCCUAAGAAAGACGGCAAAGUGCGAAUGUGUGUUGAUUAUCGUGAUUUGAACAAAGCAAGUCCAAAAGAUGAUUUUCCUUUGCCCAACAUUCAUAUUUUGUUGGAUAAUUGUGCUAAACAUGAGGUUGCAUCUUUUGUGGAUUGCUAUACGGGUUACCAUCAGAUUAUUAUGGAUGAUGAAGAUGCAGAAAAAACGUCUUUUAUCACUCCAUAG